AUGUGCCAUGUGGUAUUAACACAGCAGAUUUCGUUCAGCGUCAGCGACUUAGGUCACGUAACCUGCACAUCAUCGCCGUCAGUGGAAGAAGGAGAUUGCCGCUAUCUGCCCAGAGAAGUGUUACAGGAAGAUUUCACGCAUCUCGCAAAGGCAGACAUCUUUGCUUUCGGUCUGACCCUUUACGAGGCAGCCGGCGGCGGCGCCCUACCACCCAACGGUCAAGAAUGGCAUGACAUCAGAGAUGGUAAACUACCUGAUCUUCCUAACGUCUCGAGGGAGUUCAACCAGUUACUCAAGAAAAUGGUAGACCCCGACCCCGCCUUGCGUCCCUCGGCGACGCGCCUGCGCAAGCAUCCCUUAUUACACCCGUGUGGCAACAAGAGUAAAUCGCAACUGUUAAGAGAGUUAGCUGCCACUAAUAUGAAGAAUGAACUGUUGUCGAGAAAACUGCAGGAAGCGGCAAGAUGCAUCAAGUCUCUAACACCGGCCCCAGUGCAGGAAUCUGCGAAAUUCCGUACGCGAUCCGCCAAACGGCUCCAGCCCGACAGCUACAGAAGAGGCUCGAAACCUCGAGUGGACGCGCAACUAGUCGAAAUGAUCCAGAGUGUCACCUCACCAAGAAUCGGCAGACGCAGAAGUAAGAAGGACGAGAAGGCGUAAUUUACAGCUGCGGUAACAUUGUCGAGUUAAAAAGCGACAUUUGACGUUAAACAACACUUGAGAAAUAAUCUUUUUAUAAAUCGUAUAAUAUAAUAGGAGAUAGUGCAAUUACGCGUAGCUAGCAUUGGUUUAUGAGUUUCCAUUUUGGUAAUUUAGUGGCAAUGAAAUCCGCGUAAAUAUCGUGGCA